CCGGCCGCGAGGCGACGCUUCCGUUUGUCCCGUCGUUCAGAACGCGUCCGCCUGUGUCCAUAAGCGAACGUCGCGAUACAUUAUUACAACACCGCGAGUUAACAUAACGCCGACCACCCGAGCGCGUCUCCCGCAAUAUAUCACACGAUAUUUCGAUUGAAAUUGUCCGGGCCGUCUCCACAGAGUAAAAUGUCCAGCGAGGCCGGACUGCUGUGCAGUCAUGGACAAGACAAUAUCGGAAGUUCCGGCGCGCAGAAUAACUUGCCGGCCGUUUUGACCACCGGACGUCGGAUGCCGCGGUCGCCGUCCCGCGACAAAGAAUUCGCUAUGGGCGCCCGGUCGACUGCUUCGUCACCGCAACAACAGCCAUUAGGCAACGCCAUCCUGAGCCGUAUGUCGAUUCCGGCGGACAUGUAUUUCAUAAGGUACGUGGACAUUUUUUUCGAACCCUACGCAAUAAUAUUUAUGCUGCCUGGAUCAAAUAGCAGCGUUUCUUAAAAACAAUAAGUAGAUACCAGAUUUGUGUUAUUUGUGUUUGUGUUAUUUCGACGUUUGCGCUAAAAUUUUUACUAAGAUUUUUUUUCUCUGAAAACACAUUUUGUUAUUAUAAAUACUCCAAAUUAUUCACAUUUUAUAUUUAAAGAUUGUGAUUGUUUCGUCCAACGUUACUUUGUUGAAUCAUUUUUCUAGAUUCCCAAAAUAUUAUCUAAACAAUUUAAAACGAUUGACAACAUAAUGACGACACGGGAAAAAAAAAACUCGAACAACACCUCACCAGAUUGCAGAUUACAGAGGUCCACUCAAAUCAUUUUCUGAUUGUAAUGUAAGCAUUUAUCAAUGCUUUCAGUAUAUAAACUGAAUUAUCUUAUAUCCUAUACCUACCUUCUGACCCUGCAACAGUGGCUUACUUGUGAGCAGAAUAAACUUUUUAGAAAUUGUUACAGCCCUCCCUCUCCCGCAAAAUAAAUCCGGGUUUUGCCAUUAAGUACGUGUAUAGUAUAAAGAUAUUUUAACGCCAAAAAUUACGCUGUUUCAUUAUAAAACAUUGUCUAAGUCGAAAAUAUCGUAUAAUGACCGGGGUUAUGGGUUAGGUUAUUAUCAAAAAAGAGCAGAGUAAGAUUAUCGAUUAUUUUAAAUAGGUAAAAUUAAUAUUUGAAAAAUGAACACAUUGAUUCCGUAAAGCAAUAGGUAUGGUAUAAUAUACGUAUAUAAUAAUCCAGCUAGUAUGGUAAUUGGUAAUCAGCGGCGUAUUUGUCAAGGAACAAGGUAUUAAUCUUGAAAAUAAUGUCAGAUUACUCAUAUUGUACAUAUUUUACCCAGGUAAAAAAAAAAAAUAUCUUUUAAUUUAUAUACCUAUAAUAUACUUGUAAAAUUAUAAGUAAUUUAUUAUUCAAUCUGCUCUAAAAUCAUCAUUGCUGAAUAUAAUUAUAUGUAUAGGUGAGUAAUUACUAAUUAUUUACAGUUUAAGUACCUAUCUAUUUAAUAUUUAUCUAACCUCUUUCAUACUAUAGUGGUUUGUAUAUAGGUUUCGUGUUAAGCAACAAAAUGAAUUUGUAAGUCCUGGUUUUUUCGAUAUAACUAUUAUAAGUACCAACACAAAAUGGUGGUCCUCUAUUGAUAUUUAAUUAGUAAUUAGAAAUGAUGAAAAUGUGUAAAGUAAUUUACACACAUAUUUAAUUAAUAUAUAAUAUUAGAAGAUUUUUUAAACAAACAUAAUAAUAAAUAUUAACUAAUUAUCCUAUUAUAUGUAUGAAACCUGUACGAUUCGACAAAAACAAAUUUAAUCCUCAAAAAGUCUAAUUUGUAUUAUGUUGACCUGAUUAUAUUUUUGUUAUUAUUAUAGAUAUAUGCAUAAGGUUAUGAACUUAAUAAUUCAUGCCUUUACCAAAUUUUUAAUUUUUGUACAUUCUACAACUAAAAAAUAAUCAUUAGUUUGAUGUUAUUAUUUUAUAUCUAUACCUACAAGUUUAAUAUACGAUUAUAUGUACAUAAUAUAAUUUUGUGUCAAAUAUAUUUUUCAAGUUUGUCUUCCAAUAUUAAUACUUUAACCAUAAAAAACAAACUAACAACUUAUUCAAUAAUAUUAUUAAAUAUGUCAGACAAAUUCUAAAACUGGGCUCAAUUAAACAGAAUAUAAAUGUUCGAAUAACUAUUAUACCGAUAUAAGUAAUAAUGUUUUGAAUAAAACUUAUAACUUCUAUACAUACAAAUAUUAAUUUCGUUACUUUUGUACUACCCAAAUCUACUUAUUUAGGUUUAUAGGGUAUCUAAUAAUAAUUUGUGCUGAUAAACAUAAUACGGAAUAUUGUUCAUAUGUUAUAUUAGAUACAAACAUGUAAAACAAAUUUAAUGUACGCUGCAAUUAUUUAAAAUAAUUGUUUUUUAUUUUACAGAAAGUCUCAGGACCUUACAAAAAAAGGGUGGUUCGAAGAGGAGAGCAUUAUGAUAAAAAAUUGUGGUAAACUUCAGUCGAUGCUGGGAAUGUCCAAGAGUUUCAGUACAAGUGAUAUUACUGGAAAUUUGGACGAAGAAUGCGAUUGGAUCACGGAACUUGAAGACAUUCGUAUGCCGAAUAGUUUAUCCGAAAUGGAUAUCAGCAAAUUGGGCGUCACAUCGGAAUUGAUGUUAAUAAACAAAACGUUACAGGGUAGAUUUAACAACGUAUCGCGAACGGUGUCCACAUGCGCAGUGGUCGACGAUUUGCCCACCAUGUCGCAGUUACCAUCUCCAAUCCGGUACACAAGUUCGACACAGAGCAAUUCUACGCCACCUGCAUUCAAUUCGACCGAUCUCGUGAGAUCCGUUAAUAAAAAGGUAUAAUUCCAUCGAUUUUAGCUGAUUUGUAAGUUUUAUAAAGACUUAGAUAGAUAUUUUAAUGGUAUAGCCACAGUGACGUAGCAAACUCAAAAGUUGUUGUGAGGCAAAUAUUUUGUUGGAUCACUCAGGGGCGUUUCUGGACCUUGAUUAUGGGGCGUGGGGGGGAGCGAAAUAAUUAAAUUUAAUAUUACUGAUUGAUAAGCAAAAAAGACGGACAUACUUUGCACGAUGGAUGAACCGCUAUUAUAGAUGAGAAUUUAGGAAGAUAUGAUAUUAAAAAAAACUUAAUGUAUAUCUGUAUCUAAGCAAAUUUAAGCAUUGCCAACAAAAAACGGUUUUGAAUGGAGUUCGAUUAAUAGUAUUGCUCAGGGGCGUCUUCGGGUUAAUUCCAUGAGGGGGGAGGCGAACCAUUUUUACUCUUGAAUACCACUACUUUGCUCAACUAAAACUUAAAAUCUUUAUGUCUGAUGUCAUUUCAACUUAUAUUAGUUUAGAAGGCUAAAGAUGUAUUGUACAAAUUCAGUAACACAGUAGGUACAAUUUAAAAAUUUAAUUUUUUUUUCCACAUUUAAUAAAUAAUAAUUCAAAUAAUGAUAAUAUGAAUAGUAAAAAUAAUAAUAAUAGUAAUUUAAAAUUAAUAAGUUACAUGACCCAAUUUAAAAUACUUUUAUUUUCAGCGGCGUUUUGCAAACGGUUUGAUUAGCAAUAUUUUUUAUAUUAAUGUUUUCAUUUCGAUGAAUAUUUAAAAGUGAUAAGUAAGGUUUCUUUUUACCACAGAGUACGACUUUUAAUGAAUCUCAUGUUAAAUUUUCAAGCAUUACUGUUUGGUCUAACAAUUUUAUCUACAGAGUACCUAUACUGAAUACGAAUUACGUACAAACUAGCGAAAUUAAAAUGUCUAUAAAUUGCUCAAAAAUGUUAUCACGUCAAGAAAAGGCAAAUAUAAGUUUUUUAUCUAAAUUUCAAUAUAAGUCUCUAUGAAUAUUUUCAACUGAAUUAAAACAAAAAAACAAAAUUGAAAAUAAUAAAAAUAUCAUUUCGAUUAUUUUUAAUGGAUAAAUUAGUGCACCGUACUAUAAGUAGAUUCAGUGAUCCGCGACCAAAAUGGUUCUUAUCUCAGUCAUGUUGAAAAUCUAUAGGUAGUUAGCGUACUUAGUGUGCAUUAAAUCUAUAGUACAGUACAGGCCAUUCGUUCAUCGUUUCGUCCCACUGAAUGUUAAUAAUUAUUUAAAAUAUUGUGAGUUAUAUAUGUAAUCUGUUGUUGGCUAUAAGCAAAUGGUAGAUGUAUACAUUAUUUUCAUAUGGGGCUAUGGAUGCCCGUAUAAAUAAUUAUUAUAAUAUUAUAGGUGCGACAAAAUUACAUACAACGGCGCCUGCUUUACACGGCCAAGUCAUUGUCGCGGUUGUCGCCGACCGAAUUAAAUCAGCUCAGAGCUUCGAAAAACAUAUUUGUGCGGGAUCAAUUACGGGCGUUUGGACUGUACGACGUCCCCACGCCGUCCGUCAUCGUUGGCCUGAACAAAUAUUUGACCGUGCCGAAGCUCGGGACCAAGCUGACUCCGGACGACACGGCUAUUACCGUGGACGCCGUAAAACGAUACCACCAGCCGAAGGCGCUCGCUCAGUACGUCAAGAAUAUAACAAUUGUCGACUGGUUGACUAACGUCAAAGCGGAAAACGGUUUAGCCCCGGACGAUAAAUAGAUUAUUACGUUUAUGUGCCAGUAUAAUCGACAAUUGCUACUUUACUAUCAUCUAAAAUAACACUGUGGACGUACAUAGGCAUAAUUACGCAUAAUUUUAUGAUUCUAUUAAAUAUCUGCUUGGCUUUAUUGCUUGUAGAAAAUUAGUCUUAUUGUAAUAUGAAUUUAUAGGAAUGCUCGCGAGGUGAGGUCUUGUAAUGAUAACUUAUUCGUGAUUGUUUUUUAUUAUUUUUUUUUUUUUUUAGAUAAUAAAGGUACCUUGAAAUAUAUUAUUAUGUAUUCCCAAAACGGAUAGUAAUAAUUUGGUAUUUUAUUCUUGGCUCUUGUCAUUAAAUUGUUAAAAUUAUCAUGUAGUUACCCGCAGUAGAAAUUUCCAACUGACGUUUUGUCCGUUUUGAAUGUCCGUUUUUGCAAUAUAAGUAUAUACCUACUUUUGUUCAAUAAUUUUAACCUACCCGUUAUUUUUCAUGCUUUCAUUUUUGUAGUUUAGUAUAUAAAUAUAUUAUGUUCCCCUACUCCGGUUCCAUUAUAGUUAACGUUUUGUGCCACUAAAUAAAUCAUUACAAUUACAAUAUUUUACUUAAACCAUUUAAUUUAUGUGUUAUUAUGGAAUACAAUAUAGAAAAGGGGUUACAUAGUUUGAUUUUAAAUAAAGUUUUUAGAUUUACACAGGUAUAAUAUUGCAGUAUUUAGGAGUAACUGCUGUAUUGUAACUCCAGUUCUCAACCUUUGACCUUUGUGUACUUGUAUGUGUGACCCAAAUAUUUACACAAUAUUGUUCACACGACCAUUAAUAGUGAGGGAUAUGCCUCCCGAACCCCCUUUACAUGUAUCAAUUAUGGUAUUUAGAUUUAAAUUUAUUUGCAUGUUAUAUUAUAAUAUACGCGUGUUUACCUGUUUACGUGUACGUUACCUGUGUGCGUUUUUAAUUGAAAUAAAAAAAGCAUAUAAUUUAUAAAUAUAUACACCUAUUUAUAAUUGAAAACAUUAUUUUUUUUAUGAUUAAUCUCUUUCUUGGGAUUGAUAUUGUUUUACAAACCAAUUAGUUCGUGUACUUUUUUAAAAAUCUUUUUUCAUUAGUUUUUUUUUAAUGUUGGGAGACCCGGUUGCGUACUCACGAAGGGGAUUCGAGUUCAAUCCUCCUCUCAGAGAUAAAAAAAAAAAAAAAAGAAGAGCUAAUACAGGGAACGGGCGUACCACGUAAAAUGAUUUAGAACGGAGUGUUUACGUUUUUCAUCAAAAUUUAAUAUUAACUCUUAUAAAAAAAAUACUCCAUUACCCUCAUUUUUUUUUUAUUUUUUUCCUGUCACCUCACAUGAUUUUAUCACUUAUCUUAAUUUUAUAUUAUGAUGCUAGUUAAUUAUAAACUUAAGGUUCACAAUUCGAUAUUUAAUAUUGGCACUUUACAAAAUGAUUAAUAUUAUAAGGCACCCUUUUAUUUUUCUAAUAAGUAAGAUACAAUUUGUCAAUAUUAUACUACAAUAUUUAUAUUAUACUCUUGGAAUAAAAUUGUCCAAUCGCUAUAAUGAUGAAAAAUAUCUAAAUACAUUAUUUUGAAUAACAAAAACAUGUUAAAAUAUCAUAACUAUUAUAAUGUCUAUAAAUUAUUAACAAGUACUUAACUUACAGAUCUUUUACACGUUUUUAAAAAUAAAAUUAAUAUUAUAGUAGUCAUUUAUUAAAAGCUGAUAUCACUAACUCAUUUAACUAAUAUUUGAUUGAUAAAUGUUAGGUAUUCUAUGAAGUAAUGCAAUACAUAGAAAUCAGAAUUGAUAUUAUUAAUAUUAUCAAUACUAAUAAUGUUUAAUAAUUUAUUGUACAUUAUAAUAAUUUACAAUAAAGUAGGUAGGUCAAUCAAUCAAUUUUUUAAGAAUGAAAAAUGUCAAUUAUAUAACAAUUUUAUUAUAAGACAAAUUAUCUUAUUUUUUUGAAUUAAUGCUGUCAAAUCCUAAACAUAUAGUAAUAAUAGACACAAUAAAACUCUAUUUUAUCGGAAACACUUACAAAAUGUAUUCAAUAUUAUGUUCAUUUUUUUCUAAUUUUUCUUUGAUAUUUUAUAAUGUUGAACAGUGUAUAACUAUAUGCCAUAUGUUACUUUAUAACUGUAUGUUUUUUCAGCGUGUAAAUAAAAAAAGACUUAAAAAGCCAACUUUUUUAUAAUCAAUAUAUAUAUAAAUGUAAACAUAUACAUAGGCACUUUAUUAAAAGUUUAUAGUUAAAUAAUUGUAUGGAAUAGUUGGUAAUAGCUACGAUAUCAUUUACUUUUUAUUAGCUUUCAUUUAUACAAUUUUAAAAUAAUCAUAAAACAUCUAUGAGACAAUUUAAAUCUUAAAUUAUGUUAUGUAGUUAGUUACUAGGUACCUAUUAAAAUGAUACCUACCUAGAUAAUUAACUAUCGUUAAUAAUAUUGUUAGUCAGUUACCGGUUAAAUACUGUUGAUAGUCCAAUCUAUAAUAUUUGGCUUACUAUAGUUUGUUUAAUUUACAUACAUUUUAUAGCUAAACAUAGUUAUUGUUGAAUAGAAAUAGAUUUAAUUUGUAUAAUAAUAUUAUAUUAUAAAUUGUUUAAAUAUUAAUAAAACUUCCCCUUAAUUUUAUAGUUAAUUUAUUCUGGAAAUUAUUAACUCUGUAUAUUAGGUACCUAUAGGUACCUAAUACCUAUAACGACAUUCUAAAUUUAUUUAAAAUGCGGCCUUAAAUUGUGUUACCAAUCCAAAUUAUAAAUUUUAAAAAUUUAAACCACUCAUAUACUCAAUACAAUAUUUAUUUAAUUUUAUUAUACAUGUAAAUCUAUUCAAUUAAAUGCAUGUUCUUACAAAAUACUACUUUUUUUUUUUUAUCUAUAAUCGUUUUAUGCGUAGAAUAUUCGAUUAAAUUACAAACAAAAUUUGUUUAUACAUUGUAUUGUACCUAAGCAAUGCUUCGGUACAAUACAACUUUAAAUAUUUUAAAAUUGUACUUAAUUUUUUUCUUCUCUAAAAAUUUAACUAGUAAUACUACAUAUGAUAUAGUUAUUCUGAUAAAUACAUAAUGUAUAGAUUAUAGAUAUCUAAUACAGAGUGUCUCACAAAGAUGUACCCAUUGUUAUAUCUCCGAAAAUAAUAAAGAUAAUUAAAUUCUGUUUUUUAACAUUACUCAUAAGGAUAAAGACUAUUAUUUUUUUUAAAUAUAGAGAAAAAGUGCCAAUCAGCCAUGAUGAUAAUAAUCAAUUAACGAACGUGAUUUUAGUCUACUGUUUAAUUAUUGGUACUUUUCUCUAAACUUUAGAAAAUUAUUAAAAAUCACGAAUUUAAUGAAAAUAAAAAGUUAUUUUUUUUAGCUUUUCUUUACAAAAAAAUAAAAUUUAAUUUAAAUAUAAAUAUUUGUAGUAAUAAAAAAAAAAAUUAGAAUUUGAUUAUCUUUAUUAUCUUCGUAGGAUACCCUGCAUGUAGGUAUUUAUAUACAUAUAUAUAUAUAGGUAUAUAUGUAUACAGGUAUCCUAUGGAGAUAUACUUAUAUAUUAUAUAAAUAAAUAUGACAGAUAUAUGAAAAUGUCAAGUAAAAAUCAUUCAUUACUAUUAUAUUUACACAACAUAAUAAAUAAAUCAUUCACAAUUAUUUAAAAUAUAAAGACUUAAGGUAAACUUUUUUUUUUUAAUUCCGUCUAUUCUUAAAAAGUUGAAUUUUCGUUAAUAUCGAAUCUCAAAAUAUGUUGAAAAUGAUAAUUAUAUUAUAUUAAAUUAUAUACUUAUUGAUAAAAAAAAACUAAUAUAAUAUAAUUACCUAUACUAAUAAAGUAUAAUAUAAUAAGCUAAUUUAAUUAGCUAUUCACAUUAUGAAUACAGUUUAUAUCUACCAGAUUUUAGGUAUAUAUUGUAAGUAUAAACCAAAGCUUAUGCGACUUCAUAUAAAGCUUAAUAAUUAUUAAUAAUCAACUAUUAUACAAGAUUUUAAAAUAAUUUUAACAAUUAUUUCAUAUUAAAACGGUUUUUCAAAAUAUCAUUUUAAAUGGUUUAUAAUAUUAUAAUAUAUUAUAUUAUAUUACCCAAACAAUUAUACUACUUAUAUUAUAUUAUUAUUGUACACAAAUAUACUUAUUUUAUAUAUGUAUUAUUAUAUUAUAUUAUUAUGUAUUAAAUAUUAUUUACUUAGCUAAUCAUAAUAAUUAUAACCCAUGUCCUAUCUCUAUUAUUAUAUCUACUUAGAGUAAACCAAGCUUGUCAUUUGAUUCAUAUUUAAUAACCUUUAUUUUAUUAUAUGUAGGUAGCUAUUUAAAUUCUAAAUGUUAUUUAUGUGAUUUAUCUUCGUUGUAUUUUUUUCGUGAAGUAAUCAUUUUCUGGAAUGUAUUUGUUGUGUCUAUCUAUUUAUAUUACAAUAUAUAAUACAUAAUUACCUAAUAUUGUUUUAGAAGUUAUACCUGUACGGCUAUAAAGUCAUUAUUAGUAUCCACAUAAAUUUUGUUAUACACAAUUAUUAUAAAUUUAAAAUAAAUUUUAUGUGUUUAUCACGUACCAGCAAAACAAAUUAUUGUAUCCAUACACAUAUUGUUUUAUUCUAAUAUUAUAUGCUUAUUAAGUAUUAUACAGUAGUACAUGCACGAUUUUUUUUUGCAAGGAUUUUAUUUAUAUAUAAUUUCCUAGAGAAGGAAUAGCACAUAUUAUAAAUACAG